CUCCUUAAGAUAUCGCUUCGGGGAGAACCCGAGUCGGUCCUCGUGUUAACUUUGCUGCAUGUCUGUCGCUCCGAGCGAAUGAAAUUUUCGCGGGAGACGCGUCGACGGAGAUCGUGUUUAUUAUUCGCCGAGUGAGUCGUGCGGCGCGGAACGUGAAAUCAAUAAGGACCUCUGCUACCGGGUUCUUAAAGUUUCUGCCAUGGUUUUACACUUGCGUAUUUAUAAUUCUCGAUCCGUCGAUUUAUUUCCAACUGCAUAUAUAGCCGCAGUUAUUCCCGACCAGUCCGUUAAUCGAUGUAAGCUCGGAAGCUCUUUUCUUUUCCUCCUUCCCCUCUUUUUCACGUUCUUACCGUCGCCAUGGCCGGACGUCACUUCUGCAUGAGGAGAGCGAUGUACCGUCGUUAAUUACUGUCACGUUGCGUAGAUUAGACGUCGAGGCUUCCCUUCCGGCUAUUUUCGCAACGUUCGUAUAUUCCGCGGGAAGUAAACAGAAUGUUACCGUAGGAGUGUUUAAACCGUUUCGAUAGUUUCGCAUGACAUCCGCGCUAUUUUUACGUCACACUUUCGCGCUUUUUUCACAGAUUAGCCCGCGUGCGUGGAGGAUUGAAGAAAAAAACUUUAUACCGCGCAUACCGAGCAGUUACUUCACCCCGACACUCGUUGCAUCCCUCGUCAAACGCCGAGUUGAUAAAAAACACACCCUUAAUUAAGUUUUAUAUAACCCCGGCGAAGUUGUAAUCCCCGUAAUUAAGAAGUAGGCAAAGGGACAUUUUCCGCCGAAGUCGUAGAAAUACUCGCGGAUAAAACUUCCCCUUCGCGAUCUUAUUGGCGAUACUCUCCCGAGAAGAGGAACCUCGUCUCCCUGAAGAAUCUUCUCUACUUGAAUUCGUCGAGCUCUUAUUAGCAAACUACAUUGCACCGUACAGUGAACGGCCGGAAUGAGUAGUACGAAGCGAUACGAGCGUACGCACCUGCGCGCAAACCGCACGCUAUCGCCGGGUUAUCGCCGCGGAAGGAACUACGGUGGGGCGGAAGAAACCACGAAUGUGGCCACGUCGCCUUCGUUCGACAGCAACAUUGUACUGCCGAUAUUUCGCGGAGGAAUACGACGGAUAGUAGGAUCCAAUUCGUCGAUCGGAAGGAGGAAAAGAGACCUGGCGUCUCAAACGUUGUGAAUUCACGCGAUAUCGAGGUAUACGUUUAGCCGAGCAACACGGGUGAAACACGGCGGCGAUGAACUCCGGUCUUCAAAAAAUGUCGGGCCAGGAUCCAAAGUGGCAGAAAGAUGCCGCGGAUCAAAACUUCGAUUACAUGUUCAAGCUGCUGAUAAUCGGCAACUCGUCCGUCGGUAAGACGUCCUUCCUCUUUCGCUAUGCAGACGACUCCUUCACCUCGGCUUUCGUGUCGACGGUAGGCAUCGACUUUAAGGUGAAGACGGUCUUCAGACACGACAAAAGGGUCAAAUUGCAGAUCUGGGACACCGCGGGCCAGGAGAGAUACAGAACGAUCACGACGGCCUACUACAGGGGUGCGAUGGGUUUCAUCUUAAUGUACGACAUCACAAACGAGGAGUCCUUCAACUCGGUCCAGGACUGGGUCACGCAAAUAAAAACCUACUCGUGGGACAAUGCCCAGGUAAUCCUCGUCGGCAACAAGUGCGACAUGGAGGAGGAGAGAGUGAUCAGCUCAGAGAGGGGUAGACAGUUGGCGGAUCAUUUAGGCGUGCGAUUCUUCGAGACAUCGGCCAAGGAGAACAUUAACGUCAAGGCGGUGUUCGAGCAGCUAGUGGACAUAAUAUGCGACAAGAUGAGCGAGUCCUUGGACAAUGAUCCGACCCUGGUGGCGGGCGGUAUGGCCCAGAACAAGGGUCAACGACUCACCGAUCAGCCGACCAAUCCAACAAACGCCAACUGUAAUUGCUAAAAACGCUGCGACACGUAGAAGAAGGGAGGAAAGAGAGAAGACGGGGGAUCGUGUGUUUACGCGCGCGUGUGUUGUAUGUGUGUGCACGUGUGUAUUGCGCGUAUGAAAGAGAGCGUAGUAGGGGAACGAAAGAGGGAGAGAAGAGAAGGAAGGAGAGUGUCGUGUUAACUAGUCCACUUUUCCUCGUUAUUUCAUUUAUUAUUUCGGAGAUCGCCUUUCGUUCUCACCUGUUUCUUUUCACCCUUUCCGAGAUGAUCCGAAAUUGGCAACCGAGUUGGUCAAGGACCGAGCGACCCGCGGUCUUCCUUUCGGUUCAUUCGCUUGACUAACAAGGAAACUGUCCGAUCUUCUUCUCCUUGAGAUUUCUUGUUAAAUUUAGGAGACCAAUUUUUUUUUAUACACGUCUUUUAUGCAGUUUUAAGGGAUGGAAAAAAGCUAAUCACCUGACACAUUUGGUUUCAAGUCAGUAUCACCGAAACUGCUGCUAAAGAUGUUCUUUCAUGAUAUGUCCGUAUAAUUUGAUUCUAUGUUAAUUCAUCAUUUCUUUUCGUUACAUAUAUAAUAUGCGUGUGUGUAUAUAUACACAAAAUAAAAAUAUACAAAAUAAAGGAACGAGAAAUAAAA